AUGGCAAGACUCACUGACGAUGUCGGCGAAUCGUCUUCUGCCAUACUAAUUUUACACGAAGCAGUGGUAGCCUACAUGGCAAACUCGUCCUCCGACGUCUUUGACUCACGUAAACUAGAUCCUAUUGUGGGAUCUUGUUUUAAGCCGACUUCUGGUUCUGUUUUGGGCCUCGAGUCUUGCUCCCCUGGCUCUACUUCUCUCUCCGGAGGUUGUGAAUUCUCCACGUUGGUGCGUGAACAACUCUGCUGUGUUCUUUGGGAGGCAGCCAACGUGUCACAACGACGCAUCGAGAAGUUGGUCUCCUCUCGAGCCGUCCGUGCUUCAUCACUUCCAUCUGGCUCAGUUUCAAUUAGCCCCCUUGCUUCUUUCGGUUCCGCUGGGCUCUGUUCCCACAUCGCGCCUACUCCCAUUUGCCGGAUGUUCAAUUCUGCUGCUCCUGCGUCUGGCUCUGGGUCGGUUGGGAGUGCUUUCACCUGUACAUCUGCUACCCUCUCGUCUUGCACCCCUUGUGAACCGAUCUUCUCGACGAUUUCAUGUGCUGCCGGUCUGGCCACCAAUACCACUGCUACCAUUACAGCCUCUCCUGGUAUCAGUAAUGAUGGUGAUGCUAGUCGCACCACUCGCAUAGAUGGCUUGAGAAGUAGUUCGCCUACUUUCUUAUCUGCUAGGAUCGACUCCGGUGCUCCAAGUGUCGGUGAUGAUUCAAGACUUAGGAUAAACUCCUCUCAGUCAUCAAUCGACCAACCGUCCGAAGGUCUACUUGACAGGCUGACUGCGCCUCAGUUCUGUCGACUCGUCGUUCUUCUCGAGACUUUCCAGAUCCUCGUGAUUAUCACUUGGCGCUUCUCUUUUUCCUCAAUUCAUAAUGAAACUCACUCAUCAGUUCAUUCAUCGAACAAUCUACCCUUGGAUGGUGCUGGACAGACGGCUGAAUUCCCACGGCACCUCAACUCUACUUAUCCACCUAACCUACCUUCUAUUAUCGAUACUCCGUCUGUCUCUUCUGCUCAAGUUAUGCCCUCAACUAGGCCCUCCAACGAACUUUCCGGUUAUGACCAACAUUUGCUUCCAGGAUUAGCACCCAAUUCAGAUCCAACGUCACUUUCCUCAGCCAAACCUGUAGAUAGACAACAUGCUCCUUCACCCCUGAGCUGUACAGCGUCAGCCCCGAUUCGGCGACUUUUGUCUUUGCCGCCGGCACACAUCCUUUCUUUACACAACCUGGUUGUCGCGCAAGCCAUCAAUUUCAUACAUCGCUUUCACGCUGAUCGUUGCACUAAGUUAACUUUAAUGCUGGACCAUGAACGUUGGCAAGCGGCCGACCAGGUGCCCGACCAAGUUCAACAGCUAAUUAACAGGCUGUUUGCUGAUACUAACGAGGCAGCCAAAGACUACGAUAGCCUGACAAAAAUGAAUGAGCUUCCGAGUGGAUUGCGACGCUUGGAAGCCAUAACUCACUUGCCAUAA